ACGCAGCAACUUCAAUUGUAGAAAGGACAGAAAAGGACUGGUCAUCUGAAGGACUUACAUAUUUUGGGAAGGCACUCACUGAGUAUGUUUACUUCUCACCUGUACAAAGGCUGAUCCGCAGUGGUCACACCAUGGUAAAACGUGUCAUAGUAGCCUAUGCCCUGUGGGCAGGAGGUGGGCUUUUUGGCCUUCACCAUUUUUAUCUAGGAAGAGACAGCCAUGCCCUGUUAUGGAUGCUAACAAUGGGAGGGUUUGGCAUUGGUUGGCUCCGAGAGAUUACACGUAUUCCUGCGUACGUUGGUGAAGCCAAUCAACACACAGAGGAGGAGAGGAGAAGACCUUCAACAAUGGUGCCUCCACCAGUAAGCCUUGUUAGAUUUGCUGGCCAGAUGUGCGUUGGAAUCUAUUUCGGUACAGUGGCUCUGAUUGGACUGAGCUCCCUCAGUUUCUUCUACUUGAUGGUCCUGCCUUUAUGUGUGGGUGCCGGUGUGCAUUUAGUGUCCACUGUUGGCCAACAGACAUCUGAUCUCUCAAAAACACUCACCGCCAGUCUGAUAACAUCCCCAAUAUUCUACGGCAGCACUUUAUCCCCACUUCCUAUCAGCCUGGCAGCCAGUAUCACAGCUGCACAACAUCGCAGGUACAAGAAACCCCAGGCAGGAACACAGGAACUUGGUCCAAGGCUUUAUAGGCUGGGUCUUGCUUGGCUGGCCUUCUCUACUCCAUUAGCGUAUUGUGUUUUCCAUAAUACCACAGCCACGUUUUACUAUCUGUCGGACUGUGUGGCUGCAUUACUGGAUUUUUUCUGGUUUCUUCCUUGGCUCAGAAGUGUGGUGGAGUACAUUUUCCUAAUGCCAUAUCGUAUCCUGUGCGUCUUCACUGGAGGUGGGUACUAUGAAGAGGCCCUGAAAACGAUGCUGGAAAUAUUGGUUAAAGACUACACUCAGCGUGAGAAAGAGGCCCUGGAAUUGAUGUCCUUGGGAUCACAAGCCUCUCUUGAAGAGAUAACCCGUGGCUACAGGGAGCUGGCUAAGGUGUGGCACCCGGACCACAACCCCAGUAAGGACGCUGAGGCAAUGUUCGUAAAGCUCCACGAAGCAUAUGAGGUUCUUCUAAGGCGCCACAGGCCGGAUCGCUUCAAAUAGUCACACUUCUACCUCCUUGACUGGCCCAAAAAGUUGGCUCAGGGUCUUUGUGAAUAUAGAAAAAAGAUAUGUACAGUAUGGACAUAAUACAUAUUGUCACCUGACAUCUUUGUACUUGACAGACAACAUUGCUGCUAUUAUAUUGGGGCUCUCUUAGUGAGAAAAACAGCUAUUUGCUGACUCCUAGUGGUGAUUUGGUCGUAUCCCCCUUGAACUAUUCUAUCCCAAUGCACAGUACACCAUGAUUUAUGCGUUCUUGUUUGCUAUAAAAUGUUACAUUUGCAAAGUUUUGUAUUUUUAAUUUUCAAAAUGUUAAAUUUAUUAUUGAAUGAAACAGCUUAAUAAAAAUAUUGCAA